GCGAGCGUGUUAUGUGUCGGAUAGAAAAUGAGCUUGAGUUUCCAGCUGAGUGCCUGCUCUUGCUCUGUGUGUGUGUUAUUAUUAUCCCGCUUGCUCCCAGCACAGAAUGGCCAGAUUCACCCAGACUGAGGCGAGACGGCAGCAGCAACCACCGCAGCCCAGCCUGGUUUUCACUGGACCAGGGUCAGCGCCGACCCAGCCUCCUCUGCUCCUGAUCCCACACCAGCACCAGUACGCGCAGAUCACAUUCCCCAAACCCAUGAACGGAUCCGAAUCCAUAACCAUCCAUCCGGACAGCGGCAACAUGAAAGACCAAGAUGCCAUAAAGCUGUUCAUCGGUCAGAUACCGCGGAAUCUCGAGGAGAAAGACCUUAAGCCUCUUUUCGAGCAGUUUGGGAAAAUCCACGAAUUGACGGUUCUGAAGGACCGGUACACAGGGAUGCACAAAGGCUGCGCGUUCCUCACCUACUGCGCCCGAGAGUCGGCCAUCAAAGCCCAGAGCGCCCUCCACGAACAGAAGACCCUGCCAGGGAUGACGAGACCCAUCCAGGUCAAGCCAGCGGACAGCGAGAGCCGUGGAGAAGACAGGAAGCUGUUUGUGGGAAUGCUGAACAAACAGCAGACCGAGGAGGACAUGUACCGCCUUUUUGAGCCCUAUGGAGUCAUCGAAGAGUGCACCGUACUAAGAGGUCCUGACGGAAACAGCAAGGGCUGCGCCUUUGUAAAGUUCUCCACACACGCCGAAGCCCAGUCUGCGAUCAGCGCUCUGCACGGCAGCCAGACCAUGCCAGGUGCCUCCUCCAGUCUGGUCGUCAAGUUCGCCGACACCGACAAGGAGCGCACCAUCCGCCGCAUGCAGCAGAUGGUGGGGCAGUUCGGCAUCUUCAACCCCACUGUCGCCCUGCCCUUCAGCACCUACAGCACCUACGCACACGCGCUGAUGCAGCAGCAGGCCGCCAUCAUGGCCGCCUCCCAGGGGGGCUACCUGGCCCCCAGCGUGGCCUUCCCCACCGCGCAGAUCCACCAGGUGGGGGCGCUCAACAUCAAUGGCCUGCCGUCGACCCCCGUGACCCCGGUGUCGGGUGAGUUCCGUGAGGCACUGGGCCUCACCUCCCCGCCCGCCAACAUCGCCACCUCCGCCAUGCCCAGCAUCGUCACGCCCAUCGUCAAUGGCUUCACCGGCAUUCCCCACCAGCCUAACGGGCACCCUCCGCCUGCCGUGGAGGCGGUCUACACCAACGGCCUGCCCCCCUACUCCGCCCAGAGCCCCACGGCGGCCGACACGCUCCAGCAGGCCUUCACUGGCGUCCAGCAAUACACAGCCAUUUACCCAGCGACAACACUGACCCCUAUUGGCCAGACACUGCCACAGCCACCUCAGGUCAUCCAGCAACAACAGCAGAGAGAAGGGCCUGAGGGCUGCAACCUCUUCAUCUACCACCUGCCGCAGGAGUUUGGGGACAGUGAGCUCAUGCAGAUGUUCCUGCCCUUUGGGAGUGUCAUCUCCUCUAAGGUCUUCAUGGACAGAGCCACCAAUCAGAGCAAGUGCUUCGGUUUUGUGAGCUUUGACAACCCUGCCAGCGCACAGGCUGCCAUCCAGGCCAUGAACGGCUUCCAGAUCGGAAUGAAGCGCUUGAAAGUGCAGUUAAAGAGGCCGAAGGAUGCCAGCCGCCCCUACUGACAGACCCUGCCCUGCCAGUGUUCACCGCAACAGCACAGGUUUUGAGGGAAAAAAAUGAAGAUAUCUGUAAGGACUUAAACCUUUUCUUUAAAAACAAAAGUUGGAAAAAAACGAAUUUAAACGAAACACAAACUGCGUCAGUAAGGGAUUUCUAAAUACAUAUCAGCAUUUAUUUUACGGAGACGUAGCGCAGCGACGGGAUCUGGGAAGAAAGGGGCAUCAGAUGGAGGAGCAGCACCAACAACAGCAAAGGCAGGAUUAGAGCAACGUGAAACGCGUUCACCGAAGACGUGAAACUCUGAACAGCGCAGCUUCUUUCUCAUUGAGACUUGAACUGUUAACGAAGCAACAAACAAAACUAAAGCAGCAACAUCAGUGACAGAUAGAUUUAUAUAUAUAUAUAUAUAUACACACACACACACACACACACAAAUACA